AGAACUAUCAACAACAACUACAUUUCAAGCCUUUGGUGACUUGUGUCGUGUGGUGUAUACUGCAGUGAUGGAUGCAACUGUAAGACCCCUCAGAAUCCCUCCUGAGAUGGCCAUUUAUGCAGAGAAACAUGAUAUAUUUCCUCUGGUCCAGACACUGCUGAGAAAUUUGAUGGUGGACAAACCAGAGGACCCCAUUCAACACCUGAUUAACUUGCUGAAAAGGGACAGUGUUGAUGUGCCAAGAAUCAUAUUAUUGGGUCCCCCAGCGUCCGGGAAAAGAACCAUAGCUAAAAAGUUGUGUGAGCACACACAGGCUAUUCACUUAACUUUUAGUGAUAUCUUAAAGGAUGACAGUGACCUGACCAGAGCUGCACAGUAUCAAGACAAAAAACAGAAGAUCCCCAAAGACGUCUGGAGCCAGUUGAUUCAGCAACGCCUUUCAAAACCCGACUGUGUUCGACGGGGCUGGGUUUUGGAAGCCAUUCCCAAGACGCAAGAAGAGGCACUAUGUCUACAAGAAGCAGGCAUCACCCCAGAUCAUGUUGUGAUGCUGGAAGCUCCUGAUGUCGUUCUGAUUGAAAGGAGCUCGGGCAAGAGGAUAGACCCUGUCUCAGGAGAUGUAUAUCACGUCACCUUCAUGUGGCCUGAUAGUGAAGAGGUUGCACAGCGUUUAGAAACACCCAUGACACUGAUGCCAGCUGAUCUUAUAGCAAAAAAGCUGCAGAAAUACCACAGAGAAGCUCAUGCUCUGAGGCGCACCUACCACAGCUGCCUGAAGACCAUCAAUGCUGACCAGCCCCAUGUAGACGUUUACUCUCAAGUGCUGAACUAUGUCCGUACUCCACGUCGCUCUGCCUCACCCUACACUCCCAGAAUCCUACUGUUUGGACCCCCAGGUUCAGGAAAGAGUCUUCAGGCAAAACUAAUUGCUCAGAAAUACGGCAUUGUCAACAUUUGUUGUGGUGAGUUUCUGAAGGCUGUGUCAGCUGAUGAGAACCAUAUGGGGGAGCUCAUUAAACCCUACCUGGAGUCAGAACAGCAAGUGCCACCCAGUAUAGUCCUGCGGAUCCUUACAGAGAGGCUGAGCAGGAUGGACUGUACCACACGAGGCUGGGUGCUCCAUGGAUUUCCUCAAGAUGUGGAGCAGGCAGAAAAACUCCAAGAGUCUAAUUUCCUACCAAACAGAGUCUUCUUCCUGGAGAUGACUGAUGACAUUGCUAUCGAGAGGGUAACACUUAGGAGUGUGGAUCCUGUGACUGGAGAAUGGUAUCACACCGUGUAUAAACCCGCCCCUGGUCCAGAAGUGCAGGCCCGGCUUCAGUUUGACCCGAGGAAUUCAGAGGCACGGCUGCUAAAAAGGCUUAAGGAGUACUGGAGCCAUGCAGUGGACCUGCAGGCCUUUUACCCACAGGCAGUGUAUAUCAAUGCUGACCAGGACCCACACACCGUGUUUGAGUCACUGGAGAGUAGGCUAGUGGGCCGACUACCCAAAGUCCUGUCUAACCGAGAAACAUUUGAGGGCUAA